ACGUGAAGGGCACAUCACUAGCGCCUCUGAAUCGUUGCGAAAAAUAAUCGUUGAAGCGUACUGUCCGUGACUGCGUUGACUAUUUUAUUCGCAAAUCCCGAUUAUUAAAGUAGUUUUACUGUUAUUUCUUAAUCGUAACUAAUACGCAAUCGUUAGUUAAAUAAAUGGCAGACAAAAAAGUGACGCCGCCGCUGGGCGCGUACCCGCAGCCGCAGCCGCCGCAGGGGCCCUUCCUGCCGGCGCCGCCGCAGCAUGCCGCGCCGCAAUAUGGAGUGGCAGGGGGCUCUCCGUACGGCGUGACCUUCGGCGGCGCGGGGGCAGGCGCUGGGGGCGCCGUGUACGCGCCGCCCCCGUAUGAUCAACUGCAACAUCAUCAGAUCCCGGCUCUGACUCAACAAUUGCCGGUGUCUACGUUGCAGCAAAUGUAUAGCCCGGCAGCGGCCAUGUACGCAGCGGCAGCGGGCUACCCCGGCUACAUCGGCUACCCGGUGCAAUACUACCCGUACUACCCGAUGCAACCCUCUAUUCAACCUCUACGCCCCACUAUCAUGAUCCCGAACGGUUUCGAGGCCGGCGGGCGGUUCGAGGGCCUCGCGCAGACGCUGCUGCCCCCCGCGCCGCCCAACGUGCCCCCCUCCCCCGCGCACCUCGCCGCGCUACAACCCCAUCAAGUUCUGUGGCGUUAGUUUCCCCUCGCAGCCUUCGACCGGUGAAGCCAAUAUAUCAGCAUAGCUCCGUCUCACUCGUAUACUGACACUGCUCAUUCAUCAUCAUCAUCAGUUCACCAAGUCUUAGAAAAAAACAACUGGUAAACUUGCUUCAUUCUCACUAUUUGUAUGUAGCCUACCGUAUAAAAGUCAAUUGAAUAUCUUUGACGCAUUCACCGCUAAGCUACGGUCGUAGCCGAUAACAUGGGUUUCCCGGUAUGUAGCGUUGUAGAGACAAAUCGACAACAUGACGUGAUUAGCGCUGAAUGAGUUAAUAGGUGCCUAAAACGGGAGUCUUUAGACUUUUUUAUCCGAAGCAGGCCUUCGGCCUCCCGCUUAUAAGCGGGUCAAAUUUAGGGCUUGUGGGACAAAAUUUGAGCUUACAGGCCAAAUUUGACCCUGAAGCCUUAGGGAGACUCUUGGUCUAAAAUAUCACUACUUAUAUUUGAAAUUUGGCAAAAGAAAUGUCAACAUAAAUUGUAAUCAUAUUGGAAGUCUUUUAACACAUUCAGAGCCAAAAACCCGACAGUCGGGUAUACUGUUCGUAGCGACUACUCGCUCCAUACGGCGAAAACGUGACUACGCGCUACGAGCGUAAUCCGUAGCACUUGGCAAUGAAUGUGUUAAAACGAAACUAUAGUAGAUUUCGUUUUUAAGGUUAAAACGGUCGUAGUAAAACAUUCUCGUAAUAUUCCUCUUAAGAGGAAAAUCAAUAUAAGUCACUAGAAACUAGUGAAGUGACGUAUACGAGUGAUUUUUGACGAAAAGCAAUUAAAAUGAAGAUAUUUUCUUAAGCAAAGACCUCGAAGAUAUCAGUAAGAAUAAUUUAAAUGUAAAGACAGCCGCCACAAAUAAAAUAUAGCAAAGGCCAACGCGCAUGUGACACUCCUGGAGUUGCAAUCGUCCAUAAGCUACUGUAGCCGUUCACUAUCGGACGGGAUGUUGUUUGCCAACACACAGUCCAAUUAGAAUUUUAGUUAUUCGAUCAGAAACAGAUCUAAUAAGUAAAUCUCGAAUUGGCCUGCUACUGAUGUUAAAAUAAUUAAUAUCCAAAGUAUUUUUAAGUACUGUGGCGUUUUCAAGCAAAAUGAUAAGUACUUAUUAUUGGUACAGUCGCCAUCAGAUAUAUCGGAGCGGCCAAGGUGUUCACAAUAUCUGAACACGCACUCUAACGCCUUGACAAUAGAGGCGUGUUCAGAUAUUUGUGACAGCCUUGACAGCUCCGAUAUAUCUGAUCGCGACUGUACAGUAAAGCCUUAUUAUCGUAAAGGCUCAAUGAGAAAUCACCUUUAUCGAGUUAUAGAAAUAUGGUAAUUCGCCAGUAACUGGCCACAUUUAGUAACUGGCCACCCCAAACCAAAAAUGAAAUCUAUUCACCUAUAAAUAGAAUUCAUUUUAGUAUAAAGUGGCCAGUUAUUGAAACCUUAUACUAAAAUGAAUAGAAUUUUUCGGGUGGCCAGUUACUGGCGAAUUACCCUGCUAAUUUUAUUUCAUGUGGCUGUCUUUACAUGUAUGUAACAAUAUUUAAAGAUAUAUUUAUAUAUUCGAAAGUCGGUCGGUGGUCAUCUCUGUGACGUCCGUGACAUUUGCCGGCGGUUGACAUUUUGACAGGUCUAAAUUGACAGAAUUUGGAGUCAAAGAUGUUUAUUAUUAUUAUUAAAUUUCGGUAACAAUGUAAUGGUACCAUCUCUCUGAUGGCGUCCGAAGGUAAAAAUAUUAAGUUUGGGCUCGUAGAAUCGUCCCAAUUAAUAGUAGUUGAGCGUCUAAAGAAUAUUACAGUCAGGGAUACAGCUUGUAUCCAAAAUGACAUUUUUGAGAUAAAUAUAUACAGGGUGGCUAAGAAAUAAGUGCAUUCCCGUUGCCAGGGAGUUUUGGGAUUAUACUGAGCAACUUUUACUAUAGAACCAACCCCGAAAUCGCGAAAAAAAAUAUACAUUUUUUGUUUCGCGAUUUCGGGGUUGGGGUACACCCAUCCCAUAGAAAAUGGACCAGCCAAAUUUUUUUUCCGCAAUUUUGGGCGUUGGUUUCAUAGUAAAAAUUGCUCAGUAUAAUCCCAAAACCUCCCUGGCAAUGGGAAUGCAGUUAUUUUUAGCCAUCCUGUAUAGUGUAUAUGUACCAAUUAAUUUUAAAAUCAUCAAAUGAAAUAUUGUAAAGAUUUCAAGGUUUUUAUAUUGUGAAAUGAAUUUGCUCAGAUCGGUUAAAACCGAUUAUUAAUUUUUUUUUAUAUUCCUAGCGUCUAUAGGCUAGAUGCUUACCAUAAGGCCGUACGCUUGUUUGCUACAUAUAUUAUGAAGUAAACUAGAUCAAAACAAAUUAUAAUAUAAAUAUUUUAAAAACCAUUUCAGAAAAUGAAAAAAAAAACUAUGAAAUGUCAACCGCCGGUAGUCUUAGACAUAACAAUCCGGUUAUAUAUUUGACUGUGAUGCCUUUCGCUAUGCCAUACUGUUUGCUAAAACGUCAACGCACACGUGACACCCUUAUAGAGUGAAACUAUUCAUUAAUUUGAAAAGUCGGAGCAAUAAUUCGUUGAUUGUAUCAAGUCGAGUCAAAGACGAACUUGUUAAGAGCUGUUGCAGGCGUCCAUAUUCUGCGGUGUCCGAUUACUACAAGGCGGCCCGUACAAAAAAAAACUUAAGUGCAGCUGGUUAAUCAAACCUUGUCAGUAAAAAAAGGCGCGAAAUUCAAAUUUUCUAUGGGACGACAUCCCUUCGCGCCUACAUUUUUCAAAUUUGCCGCCUUUUUUUACUGACAAGAUCUGUUUGACCAAGUAUACAUUGAAAUCUUGAUUGUUGAAUUUGUAAAAAGGAGGAAUUUGAUGAAAUAAUAGGGUAAUUUGCCAGUAACUGGCCACCGGCCAAUAACUGGCCACCCUAAACUAAAAAUGAAAUCUAUUCACCUAUAAACAGAAUUAAUUUUAGUAUAAGGUUUCAAUAACUGGCCCCCAUUUUUAGUUUAGGGUGGCCAGUUAUUAACAGAUGGCCAGUUACUGAUGAAAUCUAGUUAUUCUAGAACGAUCUAGAAGUAAAGUUAACACUAUGGCAUAGUGAUCAAGUGUGCCGUUUGGCGAUUCUAGUAUUACUGGGACUAUAGUCGGGGCGCUGUCUGUGUCCACUUCAGGUACAGUCGGCUACAUUUUACGAAACCAGAGAUAAGUUAAUAGAGAAGACUGAGAAUCUCCAGUUUAAGUAACUCGAGUCACGAUUUUCUUGCGUGUUUAUUUUGAAAUGAAAAUAUGUGACGUUCCACGACAAAAAGGUACCUUAUUGCGGCUGGCGCUUACGUCGCAUAGCGCCGCAAUAAUAUUGGAGCGGCGUUAAUAAUAGCGUAAGCGCCAACCGCCAUAAGGUACCUUUACCCGUGGGACGUCACAUAUAUGUGUUGAUUUAUUUGUUCGUUUUGUCCUCAGAUAUAUUGACACUUACGGCCCGAUUCGAACUUUAGGAUAAGUACGUCAAUUAAUAGAUCUUGAAACGAUAUGGAUUAGAUGUGUCAGUGUCAAAUGUGACGUUUAUUUAAACAAAAACGUCACUUUUGACACUGACACAUCUCUUCCAUACCUUUUUUAGAUCUAUUAAUUGACGUGUCUUAAAGUUCGAAUCAGGCAGUUAGGGUCGGUAGCACCAAACCGUCUGUCACUGUUAAAGCGUUCGCGUUCGCUAAAUAAAAUUCUAUUGUAUGGGAAAUUUCAUAGUUCACUGCUGAGCGAUGUUUAUCAGUUCGUCAAUUGUGAUUGGUGCAACUGGCCCUUAAAGCGUCAUCGUCAUAAAUGAAAAACACGUAAUGAAUUCGUGACUCGCGUUACUUUAAGGCAGCGGUCGGCAACCUUUUAGCAGCCAAGGGCCACAUAGUAGUUAACGGAGGUGAUGCGGGCCGUACUUUGUUAAUAUUUAUGACUUUAUGAGACAUUGUCGUUUGUCACUAUUACAUACAAAAUAGCCAGGGCGGCUCUCGGGUCGCAAGUGACAGGUUUACGAGCCGCAUGCGGCCCGCGGGCCGCAGGUUGCCGACCGCUCCUUUAAGGAGUGACUGCGUUGUUGACGUUGGUGUAUGGUCAUUGUUGUAGAUGGCGCUAUUUAUUGUGUAUUUUAGUUUUGUGUGUAUUAUAUCUGCCAUUUAACUGCUAAUUACAACUUUAAAACGUAAACUUUCAAGUAGCUUACCACCACUGCUACAGGCACAGAGUUAAAAACAAGUGCGAGUCGGACUCGCGCACGAAGGGCUCCGUACCAUAAAGCAAAAAAAAAAACGAAAAAAAAUGCAAAAAGAAAACGGUCACCCAUCCAAGUACUGGCCACGCCCGACGUUGCUUAACUUUGGUCAAAAAUCACGUUUGUUGUAUGGCAGCCCCACUUAAAUCUUUAUUUUAUUCUGUUUUUAGUAUUUGUUGUUAUAGCGGCAACAGAAAUACAUUAUCUGUGAAAAUUUCAACUGUCUAGCUAUCACGGUUCGUGAGAUACAGCCUGGUGACAGACAGACGGACGGACGGACGGACAGCGUAGUCUUAGUAAUAGGGUCCCGUUUUACCCUUUGGGUACGGAACCCUAAAAAGCAUAAUAAUAUUGUUUUAUGCAUGGUAUUAAUAGCGCCAUUUAAUAAACAUUAUAGGAAAGACAGAAAAAAUAAAUUUCUUGCCAUUGUAAAAACCAAAAUUAAUAUUUAGAUUUAGUUAAGAAAUCUCUGUCAACAAAUCCCAAAUAUUCAUAUAGUCCAGUGAAAAAAACUACAAUAUUUAAGGUUUUUUCCAAGUUCACAGAACAUUGAGAAUGCACCUUAACUUUGACAGCUGUCAAAAACGUUGACAGUGACAGAUGUCAAGGAAGUUGACACAGACAGCUCGUGUAGGUAUAUAAUUGAAAGUAAAAUAAUACGGUUGUGCGUGACGUGAGUGAGAGAGAGAGAGAAUGGUCAUGUGUUCUGGUUUGUUGAAUUUGACAGCUGUCAAGAAUGUUGUGUUAAAAACGUGUUUCUUGUUUUUAUUAACUAAUGCAAUUUUACAAGAUUUAAGUGAAAGGAAAGUCGUAGAAUCAAAACUACUGAGUCGAUUUUGAUGAAUUGGGGGUCAAUUAUGACCAUAAUAUAGGCUACAUUUUUAACAGACUUCUAAAAACAAGAUUUUAAUACAGUUUUUGUCUAAAUAAUGAGACACGUUUUUACAUACAAUUCUGUACAGUUGUCAUUUGCGGAUAUAAUUGUAUGAAACGUAACGUCGGACGAAAUCGCGUCCGACUGUACUCGGGUCUUGAAAACAAUUUAAACGAUUUUUUGUUGAAAUUCGUUGUUUCGCGUUUAUGCCACAAGUGGUCCAAUCAAAGAAUUCAUAUACUAUUUAGAAAUAACCUAUCCACUUUAUGUACAGUCACCUGCAAUAAUAUGUUACACAACGAAGGCAGCAAAAAUAUCUGACACGAUCUUAUUUGUAGAGCAAUAAGAGCGUGUCACAUAUAUUUGCGGCCUACGAAGACUAACAUAUUAUUGCAGGUGACUGUACUAUCAGCAACACGUAUGUGACACCUCUGAAGUUGUAAACGUCUAUAGGAUAAGGGUAUCGCUUAUUUACAGGCACUGCAGUGGCGUGCAGUGCAUACAAAAAAAGGUAGGCACUAGGGUAGGCAGUCCAUACAAAAUGACCAAAAAAAAAGUUGCCGAUUUUUAUAGUUUGCGUUACAUUCCUUCAAGAAUGACUCUUCUAGAGCCCGAUUUAAGUCUUAUCUCCACUGCACGCCACUGUUGUACCGUACGCUCACAGGCCACAAUCGUGGAAUAAAAUACUUUCCCAUCAUUAAAAAAGACUAUUUUGACAUGAUUCAGUACAUGGUUAGGUUAUAUGGUUAACUGGAAGAGAUCCCUCUUAGGGAUAAGUUCGCCCUUGUACUAUAUUUAUGUUCUAUCUGAUGUACAGUCACCUGCAAUAAUAUGUUACUCUUCGAAGGCCGCAAAACUAUGUGACACGCUGUUAUGGCUCUACAAUUAAGAUCGUGUCAGAUAUUUUUGUUGCCUUCGUUGUGUAACAUAUUAUUGCAGGUGACUGUACCUGCGUUCGUCUCUUCCGUACAAUAAAGUGAUACUUACUUACUGGUUGGUUUAUAUUAUAAACCAACCAGUUAGACCGAAAUUAUUAUUGAUUGGACUACAUUGACUGGGCUACGAGCGCGUUAGUGAAUGAAUCUCAGUUAAGGGGCCUUUAUAUUUAAGUUCCACGGGUCUAUUAUUGACAUAAUAAAACUAAUGCAAUGAACUUAUGGUCUAUUGGGAAUAGGUGACAGAACGCCACUACGUCUAUAGUGGCCUAUAAUAUUUGAAGCCACUAUAGUUGUCGAAAAGAAUCUAAUUUCUGUAAAGACGGUAUAAUUUCUAUAAUAUGUGGCGUUAUCUAUGAAAAGGGACCUUAUUGUCGAUGGCGCUUACGCCAUUAUUAAUGAUGCUGCGAUAUAAAUACAAUGCCGCCCGACGCUGUGCGGCGUAAGCGCCAUCGACAAUAAGGUCCCUUUUCAUAGAUAAUGCCCCAUAUUGAGUAUAGGGUGCGUAGCCAAGAUGCCAAUCGUUUACGCUCCGUAGCGAACGAAAUGCAACUGUCAUUGUCGCACUAAUAUGGAAGUGUGAUAGAGAGAGAUAACCGUACUUGCACUUGGCUAGGUACCCAGGCGUCGAAUAGAAAAAUGUCUUGUAAAUACUGUACUUUGGGACAGUAUGACAUUUCUACCCAUAAAGCUAAUCACACACUGACGCCGCGAUCUGCCGCGGCAAGCGGAGCGACAGAUCUGCAAAUAAGCACAAUAAGACAUAGAUUAGGUAGCCCAUACUGAACAACUUUUUCUAUGGGACCGACUCCGAAAUCACUAAAAUUUUUUGGCCGUUUCAUACAUUGGUCGAGUGGAUGUCGACGUUUUUUAUGGGAAGGCCAAAUUUUUUUUGGGAUUUGGGGGUUGGUCCCAUAGAAAAAGUUGUUCAGUAUGACCUACUUAAUCACCUCGCACAAUAUGGCUAACGGUCCAAAAAUGACCCUGUAUGGUUCCCGGCGUCCAGAUCGCGUGUGGUGUGUAUAAUGUAUAACGCUUUAAAAUACAAUGUAAUUCAAUAAACCUAUUUUCUUUAGACUACAGUGGAAAAGUAUAAUGUUAUCUAUCAGUUAUUUCACUUAUGACAUGUUUUGGUAAGACAAAGACAAAAGAUAGAAUAAAAACACACACACAGAGACAGAUCGCGGGUUCGAUCUAAGAUAAGCAUUUUUAUAAAAGACGUUCAUACAUUACAUAAUGUUACAUAAAGAUAAACAAUAAUUAUCGCUGUCAACUUGUCAUAUGUGAAGUUCUCUAUGAAAAGGGACCUUAUUGUCGAUGGCGCUUACGCCAUUAUUAACGAUGCUCCGAUAUAAAUACAAUGCCGCGCGACGCUGUGCGGCGUAUGUGCCAUCGACAAUAAGGUCCCUUUUCAUAGAUAAUGCCUCAUAUAUGCAGCUAAAGUAACAAAGUUGUUAGCGUGUGACUGACAUUUUAAUAAGAAAAAGAUGAAUGCGGUUGAACGAUUUAUUAUUGUGUAAUUAUUUUUAACAGAGAUGUUUAUAAGGUAUUUUCGGGUAAUUGCAGAAUGACGGGUUAUAUUUUAAAUCUCUCACAUACCAUCCAUUCCAUCACAAUCUAGUCUGUCCGUAAUUACCCGAAUUCACCAUAUCUCUUGCCAAAACGUUGUCAUAUGUGAAAUAAGUAUAAUAUUUACGGGAAUCACAUGGAAUGGUAGAUUGUAAUUUUGAAUAAUUACUUUUACAUUAUUUCUGUGUUGUAUGUUGACUCGAAACUGUUCUUGUGUGAAUUAUAUUCUACGCACAUUCAGUGCGGUUUAUGUACUUCGUAAAACUUGAAUUUUACAUAAAUCUUCUUGGUAACUCGAAUGUGUCACCUCUACAGAGUUGCGAACACUCUUAAGUACUACCGAGUACGAUUAGACCGGCCAUACGCUUGUUUGCAACCAUUAAAAACUUGAGAUAACUUUUUGAGGUAUUUGAUCCAAUAUAAUAACAGUUAGGAGUCAACAUCGCCAAAUGUGACGUUCCACGGCAAAAGGUACCUUAUGGCGGCUGGCGCUUACGUCGCAUAGCGCCGCAGUAAUAUUGGAGCGGCGUUAAUAAUAGCGUAAGCACCAACCGCCAUAAGGUACCUUUACCCGUGGGACGUCACAAAUAUAUUAUAUUAUAAAACAAUUUUGUACUUGUUUAUUUUUACUAAAAUAUUGCAUUUUAUUUGUUAAAAUCAUGUUGUUCGGCAUUUUGAAUGUUUGCCACUAGGGUGUUUUUGGCCCUCGGAGUAUCUCUGUAUUAGAUCUUAUGUUAACGUGUUAAGAGUCAUUUUCUAAUGGCACAUGUUUUAUAGUUACUUUUCAUGGUAAAAACUUAGUUGCUCAAACAGUAUAAAUGCUUUGAAAUGUAUUCACACCGGUAACAGAAUGGAAGGAACGAAGUAUGGAAACUUUUUGGGACAUUUUCUCGUAUUAGGAUCGAGAAAUUUGGAAAAAAAGAACUACAUUUAGACCAAGAUAAGUUUGCAACGAUUUUGAUAAUACACGCAGUACAAGUGUUAUUAAGGCAUUCACUGCCAGGGGGCGUGGCCUAGGAACAAACUUGUAUGACGGUGAACGCACAUGUGCGUUGGGGGCAGUAAAUGUGUUAUACGUCAUAAUUUCACAGAAGUAUGACGUUUAAAAUAACACUUGCACUGCGUGUGCUAUCAAAAUCGUUGCAGACUUAUCUUGGUCUAAUUCUACUAAACUUUUGUAAAAUGGCCCAAAUAUGAAAUUAACCUGUAUGUACCUAUAUGCAUUUACUUUGUUUUUUCUCUGUCAUUGUCAUUAUACUUACAGUUAUACCAUGAAAAGUAAUUACCCACCAUUUUUAAUAGAAUCCCAAAAGGUAAAGGGACCAUAGAGUAAACGAUUUAUUUUUUUUGAACCCAAACACUUCGACUUUUGGCCUGUAUUUUAAAACUGCUCGAAUAUAAUAUGGAAUCUCUUUUAUUUAUAUAAGAUCUGUAGUCAGGAGAAAAUGUAUAUUAAUAUUAUUUUAAUAUUAUUAUUUCCUGGCAGUAUGGUAAAAGAUUUUCAUAGUUUUUUCUGACUUAGUAUAGAAAAAGUAUAUAAAGUCUUUAAAGACAAUUUAGGUCAAACGAAUAUCUGUCAAAACUGUCAAAUAAUUACUAUUUACUUCAAAGGCUGUAUAUACUUUUUAACCGCAUUAUUUUCAAAUGAUUGUGAGUAAAUGAAAAUUGUAUGAAAUGUGACGUUAUCUAUGAAAAGGGACCUUAUUGUCGAUGGCGCGCCAUUAUUAACGAAGCUCCGAUAUAAAUACAAUGCCGCGCGACGCUGUGCGGCGUAAGCGCCAUCGACAAUAAGGUCCUUUUUCAUAGAUAAUGCCCUAAAUGCCCAUGUCGAGCUAAAGUGAACCUUGUUGUGUGGUGUUAAAGUCGAGUGUUGGGUCUCGAGUAAGCGAAAGUGAGUUCCGUGAGCAGACUUGAGUCACGUGCAAUAUAUAGCAUAAUUAUUAUUUUGUUUCCAAUAAAAUAUUAAAAUCGAAA